GAGUAAAUUCACAUGAGAAGUUUACUGUAGCAUGGUCCGCCAGUGCAGUCCGUUUGUCCGUUUAUUAACACUUGAAAUUCGCUAGAUUAACAAUCGCCUUUAAUUUAAUUUUAAAUAAUGGGGAAAAAACUGUAUAUCACAUUGGGAAGCCCACCAGUAAAUGCGGUUUUGAUGGCUGCAAAAGCUUUCAACAUUUACUUAGACCUACACGAAUUGGAUUUUUCUAAACAGGAGAAUUACUCUGAAUGGUAUCUCAAGAUUAAUCCCACUAGCACAGUGCCAGCAUUAGAUGAUGAGGGAUUUAUAGUAUGGGAUAGUCACUCUAUAUUGGUGUACUUGCAAGAAAAAUACGGAAAGGACACUGAUUUGUACCCGAAAGACCUCAAAGAAAAACUCAAGAUUCUUCAAUUUCUCAAUUUUGACUGUGGGAUGCUUUUUCGAAGAAUGGGCGACUGUCUAAGACCCAUAUUUUACGACGACCAAAAGAACUUUGAUCCAAAAACAUUGGAACGAGCUAAAAGCAGUUAUAUUAUCUUAGAAAGGAUUUUAAAGCAGGACAAAUUUGUUGCUGGUGCUGAUUUAUCGAUUGCUGAUAUAAGUGUAUUUGCGACAAUGAUAGCUCAAAACGCCUUUAUGCCCAUUGAUGAACAGGAAUUUCCAUGCUUAAAGAAGUGGUAUUCGCACCUUAAAUCUUUCGAUUUCUACGAUGCUGCGCUGGAAGGGGAAGUAGCACUGAAAAAUGGCCUGAGAAUAAAACUUGAAGAUUAUUAAAUUUCCCUGCUAUUAAUGAGCAAUAUUUAUUUAAGGAGCUUCUAAUAGUUAUAGUUAACAAAAAAGUUCCUAAUUAUUAUUGGGAAUCAAAGUAAUCGGGUUAUGUCUAAACAUAAUCCGACUUGCGUUUGUAAUUCAGACAGUAAAACAGACAACGACUAAAAAACAUGUUUAGUAGCCAAUUGUCGCAACAUUAUAACGCUAAAAACGAAUUUAAGAGGCAGAUAAUCCAUUUUUUUUUAAUUGGAGAAAAAAUGUCUAUAACGAAAAUUGUGUAAAUGUUUCUUGAUCUAUCAAUUUUUUUGUUGGGCUACAAGCCAAUUUGUUUGGGUUUCUAUAAAGUUUCUCAUUAUUGGGUCUAAAAAUGUCCUACAGUUUUAUCCUCUGUUUAACAGACAAAAAUUAGCCAGUAGCCAGUUUAUAAAUAUGUCUACCCUUCAUUCAUUUUGAAACCUUUGCGUUUAUUAUAAACUGCAACAUUAAAAUGUCUGUAGAAUUUUAUUUGGGUUUCUAUUGGCCCAUGUUUUACUUUCUGCAAAAAUUAAUUUAUAUAUUUUUGAACGUAUUUAUGUAAGUAAACUUUGUUACGUUAAAGUUUAGUUUUGAAUGUUGAACAAUUGUAAAAUAUUCGUUUGUCACUAAUUUUAAGUGUGCUUGAUUUAAAUACUUAAAUAUAUUUUUUAUUAUCUA